GACAGUCCAGAUUCACUGCGCAACGUGCGCGCGGCGUGCGCGAAACUUCGCUGAUUGUUGUCGACAAAUUACCAGAUCCAGAUAACCGGUCAUUCUGUUUCCGACCGGCUCCGAGAUGCGUCCUGCACUCAUCUGCCACUUUAACUCACGGCCUCAGAAGCCGAGGAAAGUGCCGAACGAGCUAUUCGCAAAAGCGGAAUUGAUCCUCGAAUCCAAGAAAAAUGCGAAUGUUUUGUGUGAAGUUUUGGAGAUGUUUAACAAAGAAGAGAAGAAUUAUACACCGCUCCUGUUAACUGUAGAAUUAAUCUUCACGUCGUUAUUAAAGCGCGGUGAAAUGUACGAACAAGGCAAAGGCACGGGCCCAGACGGAGGCAACGCCGGCCUUAUUCACGUGCGUUGGCUUCGCGAGAACUACCACCUGGCAUUCAAGCGCGUGCUGGCCUGUAUGAGUCGCGGCGAGGAGAGCUCACGCAAGCAAGCACUGUCUUCAUGCUUGAAGAUGCUGUCCGUUGAGGGGGAGAAUCCAACACUGUCCAAGCAGGGGAUUAUCUGUUUCCCGGACUGGCGGCUCAAGAGCAUCUUCCAAGUGAUCCUUGACCCUGAGCAAUCGCAGAGCGUCUUCAUCCGUUACAUCGAGUCGUUUGCCGAGUACCGUGAUUUUCAGCAGAACGCGCUCAAAGUGCUCGCCGAUUUGAAGUAUAGCAAGUCCCCGAGUGAUAUCUACGUACAAAAUUACCUCGAGCUGUUCGACAUGAUCAUGAAACCUGGUCUAAACAAGAAACAGCGGCCCAAACAGCCCGAGGUGUACCACGAGAAGAAGAUAUACCCUGAAGACAGCUACCUUAUUCGGAGGGACGAAAUGGUGUCCGACAUCUUCGACCCAGAUAUCUGCAAAAAGUACAUCAACCGCUGCUGGGCCUUCUGCAUGCAAUGGCCCCUCCGGGCGAACGAAAAGAACCACCGCAGGGCUCUAGUUGUGCUGGUCGACCGUAUCAUGCCGUAUUUAACCAAGCCAGUGUUGGCUACCGACUUCUUGUGCGACAGCUUGGAUUGCGGUUCCGCCAUAAGCAUGAUAGCCCUCCGCGGGAUUAUGGAGCUGGUCACCGAACACGACAUAGACUUCCCGGACAUAUACGACCGGCUGUACGGCAUGUUCGAACCGGACAUGUUCGCCACGCGAUCCAAAAGGCGCCUCAUACAUAUUACCGACGUGUUUUUAAGUUCCACUCGCGUCCCCGAGACCAUGAUAGCCUCGUUCGCCAAACGGCUCGCCCGAUUGGCGCUGGUCGCUUCCCCUGAGGACGCGCAGGAACUGCUGCGGCUGAUCGCCAACAUGGUGCACAGGCACCCGGGGCUCAAGAGAAUGCUCAAGAACGACCAGCCUGCUAUACUCUUUCGACUGCCAGUUCAGAAUGUGCCGCAAGACCCGUUCGAGAUGGAAGAGUCGAGGGCGAACGCCACCAACGCCAUACAAUCCUCGCUCUGGGAGAUCGCCGCGCUUAAGCAACACUUUACGCCAGAAGUGUGUGCGAGUGCAGCUAAGGUGCUCGCUCUGGCGGACAGCGGGGCUAAGCCGCCCGACAUACCGCCAUCCUUGUCCGACGAAAUGCAAUUCGAAGGGGAACUCAAGAAGAGGUUCAAGACGAUCGAGAUGAAUUUCGUAUACGUGCCACCCACACGCUACUGGGAUAAGGAGGACUGGAAAAUUAACACGUUCUGGCAUCUGAUUCCCGACUUUAAAUAAAAUCGAGUGAUAUGGAUAUCAUUAAGCUAAUUUUGCCGUUUAAUUGUCAUAUUAAACCCCGACGUAAAAGAUUGUAUGUUUGACCAAGGGCUUCAGCUGAUAGGCUAGGGGGGCAGUUCUCAUGGCCGAUGGCAGAGGAGGGGUAUAUAUCUAGUUAGAAAUUUUGUUCCCCCCUUGGCGACGCUGAGUUGUUUGUCGUCUGUCUGCUAUAUUAUAAAAAAAGGUAACAGAGCAUUCGUGCUUACACAAACAAGUUUAAGCAUGUACAAGUCAAACUGUUUUGGAAUAAUGUACAUUUGAUUACGUCUAUACCCUCUGGACAAGGACAUAGAUGAAUAGGUGUUGAUUAGGGUAUAUCUAACCUAUGUCUAUUUUUUUUAUCCCGUAGACUAAAAUGACAUUUCAUGUGUUGCUGGUUUUUUACGUCUUAUAAAUAGUGAUGUGCUACAACCGUUACUAACAGAAAAUAAACUAUUGGGAGUUACUUAUAUAGGCAUGUAACACCAUUUUGAGGUAUUUAGAAAGUUUGUAUCCAGGUCUAAACACAAUAUUUCUAAUAUUUAAAAGCGAUUUUAUUGUAAGCUUAUUUUAUCGGUCGCCUCGAAGCUCAUAAUGCAAUUUUUAAAUGUUUGAGUGGAUUAGUAGUGAAUAGAUUUUAUUUAUUGUUUACUUCCUAUCAUGUAGUGAGUAGAUUUCAUUAAUUGUUUAUUUUUAAUCUAAAAUUAUUUUAAUAUUUAUCGAUUAUUCACAAACCGAAAUCACAGAUCAGCACUAUUUGUUUUAAGCUGGUCACAUUAUUUCUACGUUUGACAUUUGUGGUUGUCAUUUUAGUCUACGGAAUAAAAGAAUAUGUAUAGGGACCGUGCGCGUUGGAGGGUCUGCCAUCUUGUGGUCUGAAUCGGAACCAUAAACAUGCACAUUUACACGUCAAAUGUUUUCUUGUGCAUAGUAGGUUCUGCCAUCUUGUGGGCUACAUCGGAACAAUAAACCUCACAUUUACGCCUCGCGCCAAAAAUGUGACAGCUCCUGUGCUGCCUCCUACAGUUCAUGCACUCCCUAUUUCUCAUUGCAAACGCCACAGUAUUAACGGAGAAAUUAAUGAUUUACGAUAUAAUACUUCGGAACAGCCUGAAUGUAGAUACACGGUAAUUAAAGAGUAUGUCAUGUCACUAGUGUCAGUUUAAUCUUAUCGUCAAUGUGAACGAUUAAUACUUUAAUGAUGUUUUAUUUUGACUUUACAAUAUAUAUAUUUUUUGUUUAUCAAAUCAAAUAAACCAUAUUAGAACAUUCUAGGAACUUUAUUCGGGAUCUCGGUCAAUGUCCAGAGAGUAGAAAAACGUAAAUCUAUUUGAACCCGCGACCAUGGCUUGACCGGGACCAGUGGACUUAACCGUAGGACCGUGCGCGUUGGAGGUGGAGGGACCUUUAAGGGGCCUUCCUACUACGUCACACGUUUGGGGGGAGGGACGGGUUGUCAAGAAAAUGUGACAUUUUGAUAAGGGGUCACAAACUUUGUGACGUCACUUUAACUUUAUCUAUAACCAUAUUUUACAUUUUAUCCCUGUACAGGUUAAAUAAAUAGUUGUUGCAAA